CAACCCCGUCCCCGUCCCUCCCCUACUCUCUCGCCUUCUGUUCCUCCCCCUCUCCCUUCCAACUUCCCAAGCGCGCGCGGGGAGACGAUCGGCGACGGCGACGGCGAGGCGGAAUGGACAGCGGGAACGUGGUGGUGUGCGACAACGGCACCGGGUAUGUAAAGUGUGGCUUUGCGGGAGAGAACUUCCCUACAUCUGUGUUCCCUUGUGUUGUUGGGCGACCAUUGCUCCGUUAUGAGGAGUCACUCCAGGAGCAGGAAUUGACGGAUAUUGUGGUUGGAGCGGCUUGUGCUGACUUGAGGCAUCAACUUGACGUAUCAUAUCCUGUUACAAAUGGGAUUGUUCAAAGUUGGGAUGAUAUGGGCCAUAUAUGGGAUCAUGCAUUUUACAGUGAGCUGAAAGUUGAUCCUUCUGAGUGUAAAAUUCUACUGACAGAUCCACCACUCAAUCCUGUGAAAAAUCGUGAAAAAAUGAUUGAGACAAUGUUUGAGAAAUACAACUUUGCUGGGGUAUUCAUCCAGGUCCAAGCUGUUCUUUCGCUAUAUGCUCAAGGUUUGCUGACUGGACUUGUCAUAGACUCUGGUGAUGGUGUCACUCAUGUGGUGCCGGUAGUUGAUGGAUUCUCUUACCCACAUAUUACAAAAAGAAUGAAUGUAGCUGGAAGGCACAUAACAUCUUAUCUUGUUGAUCUACUCUCAAGAAGAGGGUAUGCUAUGAACAAAUCUGCCGACUUUGAAACAGUCCGGGAAAUAAAAGAGAAACUAUGUUAUUUAAGCUAUGAUUACAAGCGUGAAUACCAGCUAGGACUUGAAACCACUAUCCUUGUCAAAAGCUACACUCUUCCAGAUGGAAGGGUAAUCAAAGUGGGCACUGAACGGUUUCAAGCUCCUGAGGCUCUUUUUACUCCUGAACUCAUAGAUGUUGAGGGUGAUGGAAUGGCAGAUAUGGCGUUCCGUUGCAUUCAAGAAAUGGACAUCGACAACCGGAUGACACUUUAUCAACAUAUUGUCCUGAGUGGGGGAAGUACCAUGUAUCCUGGUCUGCCAAGUCGACUAGAGAAGGAAAUGCUUGAUCGCUAUCUUGAUGUGGUUCUGAAGGGAAACAAAGAUGGACUGAAGAAAUUGCGUUUGCGGAUAGAGGAUCCGCCACGGAGAAAACACAUGGUUUACCUGGGUGGUGCAGUACUCGCUGGAAUCAUGAAGGAUUCACCUGAAUUCUGGAUUACAAGGCAGGAAUACCAGGAAGAAGGCCUUGCGUGCCUAAGGAAGUGUGGACAAGCAUAGCCGUCGAGUAUGUUCCUAUGAUCCUACCUAGAUUCUCAUCAACAGCAGAUGUGAAAGGCUCUCUCAUUCUGUUUGCAGGAGACAAAAAGGAAACCUAUGUUUAGAUGAUGGAUGCACAUUACUUGUAGAAAGAUGAGCACAUAGUGUUGUUUGUUGUCCCUAUUGUUCAGGAUACUUGUUGGUGCAUGUUGUAGCCUAGAAGCCACUAUGAACACAAACUCACCAUAUAACCAUGAUGAGCAAACAUUAGAUAUAUUUCAUUUUCUAUUGGUAAUAUACCUAUGAACACAACACAUAUUUCUACUUACUAUAUUAUGUACUGGUGAGCUGAUGCUCUUCAUUUGGUCCCUGUACUGCUAGGGCAAAUCAAUUUACUGAUAGGGAAAGUCAAUUUACAACGAAGCCCUUAACAUUA